UGUUCCUCCAAUCAGGAGCGCUUCCUGUCAGGACCGGAAAGAGGAUCAAAUGUUCGUGCUGAACCAGACAAAUUCGGUUCUUUAGCGAUAACAUAUGUGUAAUGUAACGUUAAAUGUGUGUUAGCGUUAUAUUUGUGUCAUGACUUCAGAUUCAGACGCGUCAGGAAGAGUUCAGUGACACCAGGAACGGGGUUUAUGUGAUGGUCUGGAGCUGACCGCCGGGUUCACACCGAGCUAAAGCUAAAGCUAAAGCUAAUGCUGGAUUAAACACGGCUCGCUUCUCCUGAAGAGUGUUAAACAGCGACGCGUUCUCCGCCCUCGGAUGACGCUGACGCGGCUCGUGUGACCGUAAACACCGGAUCCGCUCGGCGAUGAGUCCGCAGAAGAAGAUGAAGAAACGGAAGGAGCUAAACGCGCUCAUCGGCCUCAGCGACACCCGCAGGAAGAGCAAGCAGAGCAGCGGACACCGGCUGCUACGGACCGGGACCGACACCGGCACCGAGAGCGAGUCCGAGUCCGGUGCAGAGGAGCGGGGCUUCGGCGGGCGGCUCGCGACGAGCUCGCUGCAGUGCUGCUCGCUCUGUUACCCGCUGUGUGUGUUCCUGGUUCUGGCGGCGUGUGUCACGGUCUGCGCCGGACUCAUCUGGAUGCAGAUCACCCUCAAAGAGGACCUGGACUCCAUGAAGGAGAAGAUCCACAUCAUGGAGAGCAGUCAGAAGCUCUCGUCACACGAGAUCCUGAAGCUCAGCGAGGACCUGAAGGACAAACAGACGAAGCUGGACGAGCUGGAGAGCGGAGACAGAGGCCUGGCCAAACUCUGGUCCAGCCUGAGCGAGAUCAAUCAGAAGCUCAGCGCUCUGGAUUCUGCUGUGAAUCACCUGAAGACCAACAUCAAAUCCUCCUCCGAUCUGAUCGCGCUGCCGCGGACGAUAGAGGAGCUGCAGAAGAGCGUGGCCUCCAUCGGCAGCACCGUCACCAGCGUCCAGCACGAUGUCUCUCUGAUUCAGUCUGUGGUGGAGGAGAGAAGGACAGAAGAAAGUCAGCUGAAGGACAGCGGCAAUGGAGAGAAACCUGUGAACAGCAGCAGCUGUGUGACGCUGAAGCAGGAGCUGCAGCGUCUGGAGGACGGUGUGAAGGAUCUGAACAGCUCUGUGCUGCUGCAGGAGUCCAGGUCGAGCGAACAGAUCCAGAGCGUGCGCUUCGUUCUGUCAGACCUCAGCAAACGGCUGUCAGCGCUGGACCAGAGCCAGUCCAGAGACACGCAGCCGGCGGCAGCCGAGACGCUCCAGAGCCCCGCAGACACCGGUACCUCUCCGUCCCGUCGCCCCAGCUCUCUGUCCCGCAGACGCUAUAAACGUGGACUGACUCCCGGAGCCGAGUCUGAGAGAGUAGACGAGCUGCAGCGGGGCGGAUGGUCUCUGAGCUCUGAGGAGCAGAAGGAGGCGCUGGACUCUGCUGAGGUCAGUCCUGAUUCACUGACUCACUGACUGAGCUCAGUCUGCUGUUCGUUCUGCUCAGCUCGGAGCGUCACACAUCACCUGCUUCAUCUCAGAGAAGAGUCCGUCUCUCAGACCUGUCAGGAACAGGCCAGAAAUCACAGGCAUCAUACUUUACCUGAAGGAAACGAAGCCCAGUGUAAGAUGUUUUAAUGCAGUUUUAGCCUGAAUCUCAUCGCUGUAAUGAAAAAAAUAAAUUGUGCUGGUUUUUGUUUUAAAUCAAUCUUUGUUUUCCAGAAUAAUGCAGUAGAUUGAUAUAUUCCUCUGCUUGAGAGAACACAGAAGGUCUUAAUAAAAACCAGCUUUGCUUUCUUUGACAAAUACUCCCAUGAUUGACCUGAUUUCCCAAGUUUCACUCUUACAUACAAAUUAUAAAUAUUUAUCGGUCUCAGAAAUGAUUUGAAGUCUGUAUGAACUGAGGGAAAUGAAGAUUAAUUAAUGCUACAUUACUGUCAGAUCUAGCAAUAAUAUAAUCCAUACAAAUGCUUUUAGUAAAUCAGAUAUUUAAGAGAAUAUAAUGCAGUGCACUUAGCUGCUUGUCUUUUAUCAGGUUUAGUUUUUAAUUUAAAGUAACGUUUGAUCAGUAGAUCUGAGCUCAUGAAUGUUCAUGUGUAUAUAUCUGUAUUUCUGGGUUCGGUGUGAAUCGUUUCUGCACUCCGCUCACAGCUCUUUGGAAAUAAUAAUGUCUCAAACUUUACUGUAACUUUAUGAAACCAGAUAAAAGCUGUACAUAUUGUAGAAUUGGACCUUUCUAUGUAACUAACUUUAAGCAGCAGGAAGAUGAAAGCGUGCUGAGAUGAACUGCAUCUGUACGUGUGAGUUUUGCAUGUUCCCUUGUAACAUGAAUAAAAGCUCCUUAAUUAA